AUGCCUCGCGACCCCUUAAUUGGCCUCGUCGGCAAGCCCAGCGCGGGCAAAUCCAGCACUCUCAACUCGCUCACAGAUGCCUCGUCUAAAGUCGGAAACUUCCCAUUUACAACCAUCGACCCCCAACGCGCGAUCGGCUACCUCCAAAUCGACUGCGCCUGUGCACGACACAACGUCACCGAGCGAUGCAAGCCCAACUACGGCGCCUGCGUCAACGGGCGACGCAGCGUCCCCAUCGAGCUACUCGACGUGGCCGGGCUGGUCCCCGGCGCCCACCAGGGCAAAGGGCUGGGCAACAAGUUCCUGGACGACCUGCGGCACGCGGACGCGCUGAUCCACGUGGUGGAUGUGUCGGGCACGACAGACGCCGAGGGCAAGAAUACGCGCGGCUACGACCCAAGUGUUGAUAUUGCGUGGCUGCGGAGUGAGAUUGUUGCUUGGAUCCGCGGGAAUUUGAUGGAUAAGUGGGGGUCUAUUAAGAGGAGGCAUAUCGCGGUGAAAGCGACGGCGGUUGAGACGCUUCAGAAUCAGUUCAGUGGGUAUGGGAGUACGUCGUCGGUGGUGGCGAGGACGUUAGAUCGGCUGGGGUUGAAGGAGCCGUUAGAGGACUGGAGUGACGAGACCAUCGAUCGAGUAGUCAACGCCUUCACCGACGAGAAGUUCCCCACCGUCAUCGCGCUCAACAAAAUCGACCACCCCGACGCCGACAAGAACAUUGCCAAGAUCGCCAAGAUGCAAGAUCCCAACACCAUUGUCUUGUGUUCCGCGAUAUCCGAAAUCUUCCUCCGCAAGCUCGCCAAGCAGGGCUACAUCCGGUACACAGAAGGGAGCGAGUUUGUCGACACGCGCGAGGAUCUCAUAGCCGACGGCGACCCAGACGGCGGGGGGUUGAAAGACCUGGACGACAAGAAUCGCGCGAGGAUAGAGAACCUCAAAGACAUGGUGCUGUAUCGCUUCGGCUCGACUGGCGUCGUACAGGUGCUAUCCAAGGCUGCCGAGAUCCUUGGGCUGGUGCCCGUGUUCCCAGUGCGAAAUACCACGACGUUCGGGUCCGGCUCGGCUGACUCCAAGGCCGUGUUUCGGGACUGCGUGUUGGUAAAAAAGAACUCGACGGUAGCAGAUGUGGGGAGGAAGAUCAUGGGAGAUGCGCCGAUUGCGUAUAUUGAGGGCGCGGGCGGAAUUAGGGUGGCUGAUGAUCAAAUAGUAGGAGUAGGGAAAAACGAUAUAUUAUCAUUCAAAGUAGGGAAAUAG